AUGUCACUUCCAGCAUCUUUUCCUAUCCACAUUAAAGAUGGCAAGACCAUCCAGAUCCCAUCCGUAGGAUAUGGUACAUGGGCAGCAGGAGGGACCGGCUGGUGCAAAGACGCUACUUUGAAAGCUUUGCAAGCAGGAUACAGACACCUUGAUUGUGCAUGGAUGUACGGUGUCGACGAAGAAGUCGGGGCCGCGAUACAAGAAUCAGGCAUCCCCAGGUCCGAACUGUUCAUCACCAGCAAGUUCUGGCCGCACUUUGGCGCCCCUGAGAAUGUGAAACUAUGUCUUGAUAAGAUCCUCAAGAACAUGGGUUUGGACUACAUCGACCUCUUGCUGGUGCACUGGCCGGUCGCGCUCAAGCCAACAUCUAGAGAAGCCCUAGAAAAGGCUGUCACAGGGCCGGGCACGUCGAAUGCCGAUAAGGCUAUCAUGGUGCAACCUGGGACUGAGAAUGUUGUGGUCGAUUGGGAGCAUAGCUCGGCUGACUUCGCACGUCGAAAUGGCCAUGAAGGCAGCUUCGUGCCCACCUGGCAAGCAAUGCAGAAACUCGUCUCGACUGGCAAAACGCGUGCAGUCGGGGUAUCGAAUUUCUCGAUCGAAGACAUUAAAGCCAUCCUGCCUUACGCAAAAGACGUCCCCAUCUCAUGCAACCAAGUCGAAGCACACCCAUGGUUACCGAACAACGAACUCAUCCAGUUCGGCAAGGAGCACGGAAUCCUGACGACGUGCUAUUCACCCUUUGCAGGACAAAAGUCCGAUGGCGCGACAUUACUCCAGGACGACACCGUCAAGCGGAUCGCCGAGAAGAAUGGCAUGGAUGUCGGCCAGUGUCUACAGAGCUGGGCCGUGCAGAGAGGUACGGUCCCGCUUGGGAAGAGCGCGACCGAGGCCAGGAUCAAGACGAAUUUGGCGGUCAAGGAGUUGCCGGCUGAGGAUGUCAAGGCCUUGGAUGAGCUGGAAAUACCCGAUGGGAAGGGGCGCACGGUGGCUGCUGGUGGCGCGUUUGGGGUCACGAUCUUUUAG